UUUAAAUGUACAAGUCCUGCAUGGCAAACCUUAGUCACUUACAAUGUUUUGUUAUUCUUCCAUUACCAUAUGUCUACAAUGACUGCAUACUGUAAACAAAACCUAUCUGAAAACUUCUUCCUACUUCCCUUUCUUUGUCCCACCUGCUGUUCCAUAAUUUGCACAUGUAAGUGUGUCAGUUGGAGUAUGUACAAUGGGGGUGGCGAGUUGAGGAUCACAAAUGGAGAGAGGAAGAAUAAUUUAAUGAUUUACAGCUUAACUGACUUGAGUCAGAGCUUGUACUGUAAGUAUAUCAAACUUCUGAGGAACAGGUGAGGGCAGUGAGUUUACUGGAAGACUGAAACAGACCAGUCUGGAGAAAGACAGGCGGUGAAGUACUUGUUUGGAAAACUUUUCGGUGUUCAGCCAAAUUUGUAUCCAGCUUUAAGAUCUCAAAGCAUCAACAAGGUUUAAAGAAAGAUAUUCUCUUCUACUUUUAAGGUUCUGCUGAGCACACAGUAGGAUGCAGGAACCAGAAGUGUCAACAGUAACACCAUCUGGAACCAUACGGCACAAAAACAAGACAGUACCCUCCGGCGAUGACGUGGACAAUGUCUGGGAUGCCGGUCCGGAAUGUUCAAUCUGCUUCAGUGCAUACGACAACACAUUCAAGACACCAAAGCUUCUAGACUGUACCCAUACCUUCUGUCUGGAAUGUCUCGCGCGCUUUGUGACUAUUUCACCGGAGCAGGCAGGCACCCUGAUCACCUGCCCCCUUUGUCGCCAGCCAACGUCUGUGCCUGCACAUGGUCCUCCAGAUCUGGUCACAAGCCAGGAAGUUUUGGGUCAACUCCCAAGUCACCAGCAACAAGUGGAGAAAGUUUUCCUAGAUGGAAAGAGGCUGUGCUACUCGAACCCAAUGAUACCCAACUGCAUCUGCAUUGACAUCAGCGGGAAUAAACAGGAGGAGAAUGAGAGGAUAGAGGAGAGAAGAGAGGGUUGUUGGAGCAGCAUGCUGCGAUUCAUGGGAUUUUACGGUAACUGGAAGAGGCUGGUGCUCUUCACUGUGAUUCUUCUUGUGCUGUUCUUUGUGGUACUGUGGCCUGUCCAGUGCUUUUUCACCAAAGGCUCCCUGUCAGUAUGUUUCAGGGACACAUCAAUGAAUCCAACUCCGUUCAUUCCCAGGCCUACAAUGGGUUCAUAAGGCACAUACAGGUGCACACAGCAAUGUUGUGAAACAGAGAAGGUUAUCUUUUAUGCUGAGUUCAUGUUGCCAGGUUGUGUUGGUCAGGAUGCACUAAACAAACAGAGCAAUGUUUUUGAAAGCGCCACAGAGCAGUAAUAAGCUCACGAAUGGUUAGAUAUAGUACAAGUCUCUGACCUUAAAUUUCUAAUUUGACCUAAGUGAAAGAAAAAACAAAAAUAUUUGUUUGCCAUUUCAUUGAUGUAUCAUGCUUCCCAUAUUCCAUUGUAAAUGUUAAAAAUGUAUUUCUGUGUUUAAAACAGAUUAACAACAUUGACUCUAAGGUUAAACAGCUUUAAUAAUUGACUACAAAUUGACAAUAUUUUUUAAUUAUUCAACAUCCUAUUUAGAGAUUGUCUUGGCUAAAGCUCCAUAAUAGUUCCUGCUGUCAAAUACAAAAACAUACCAUUUAUUUUUAUUUUUGUAUGCUCUCUUAUUUACAAAUUAUUGUUGUGUGUUUUGAUUAUAGUAAGCACUUUUUGUAUUUUGGCACUUACAUUACCAAAUGGCAUUUUUUUAAAUUGUGGUAUUAUCAAGAAUUUCCAGAAAAAUCUUUUGUAACAUAUGAAAUUCGUUAAUUUUUAUCUAAUUU